GAUCCGUCUUUCAAACCCUUUUCGCCCAGAGCCGUUCACAUUUUUGUUCGGAGGACAACGACACACACAGAUCGAUAACAACAAAAAGAGCGAAGGCGUGAGGUUGUCAUCAUCUCUCAUCAUAGGAGUAGAUAGAGGAGGGCGGAGACAGGAGUGUGAGACCCAUCACUCUUAUCUCUAGUUUAGUUUGUUGUCUGGUUUUGCCAUAGAGUUGGAAUCCAGAUCUGUCGUCGUUAGUAGUAGAGAAGGAGUUUCGUGAACAACAAUGUUUGCUCGAAAUGGGUCCUCCAAUGGGGCAAGCGCUGCUGUCGGCGGAAACUCCCGUCGGGCCUUUAGGGAUGUAACAAACGCCAAUCGCAAUGCGACGUCCAAGUCAUCACGAAUGCACGGAGGAGUGGAAAAGAAAGGAGGAACUGGACAUGGGAACAAGCUCCAGAUUGCGGUGGACCAGGCCCCUUCAAACGCCACUAUGCCUCGCCAGCACAACAACAACCGGUUUGAAGAGUCCGUCAUGGAUGAGAGGAACCCAGCCAUUGCAGUUCGUCCAGCAAACAUUAGCAUGUUCCAACGACCCAGCAACGUACCAAAUCCAAAUAGUUAUCAGUACUCGGGGCAAGUCGACAACAUUGACGAACGCGACAUGGAUGAUCCUCUCUGUGCCACAGAGUACGUCCAGGAUAUGUAUGCUCUUUUCCGCGAGAGAGAAGCCUCGACGUCCGUUCGUCCCGUCUACAUGGAAAACCAGACUCACAUCAACGAGCGAAUGCGCUCGAUUCUUGUCGACUGGCUUGUGGAGGUCCAUCUGAAAUUCAAGCUGGUUCCCGAGACCCUGUUCCUUACCGUGAACAUCAUUGAUCGCUAUCUGGAACGAGAAGAAGUCUCACGACCAAAGCUUCAGCUCGUUGGGGUAACGGCUCUUCUGAUCAGCUCUAAAUUCGAAGAAAUCUACCCUCCCGAGCUCCGUGACUUGGUGUACAUCUGCGAUCGAGCAUACACGCGAAGUGAUAUUAUUGACAUGGAGGAAACCAUUUUGAAAACGCUGGAGUAUCAGAUCACAAUCCCAAGCGCACAUGCCUUCCUUGUCCGCUAUUUGAAGGCAGCUCACGCCGACAAAAAGAUUGUCCAACUGUCCUGCUACAUUUUGGAUGGUACCCUACACAGCUACCAGCUCCUACACUAUCUUCCGAGCCAACUUGCCGCUGCUGCUGUUUUUAUUGCACGUCGAUCGGUAGGUCGCAACUCGUGGAGUCCCACUCUAUUAAAGUAUGCCGAGUAUUGCGAGGAGGAGGUCGUCCCGGUUGCACGCGCAAUUCUGGCCGAAAAAGCCUCGACCUCACCGGAGCUUCGUGCAGUCAACAAAAAGUACACAAGCAACAGAUACGGUGGAGUCGCAAACACGGUUCUUAAUCUGGACUUCUAAAUGUGUUUUGCAAUGAGCGACAAGCUAGCAAGAGGCAUUCAUCGCAAUUCAUUACGAUUCGGGCAACCACAGCGCCGCUGUACUUUUGGAAAGUGCAGCCACGUGGACUGCUGAUCUUUUUCAACAGAGGGUUAAUAGGUGGAAAUCAGUGGGUCUCGCCAUGUUGUUGGAAAAGACUUCCAACUACCUACACAACCGCAUUAUCAGAAAGCAACAGGUGAUUGUUUCUUUUACAUAUCACAACGAUAAUUCUAAAUAAAUGGCAAAGUUUAUCCAACAUAAAUGAUCUUCUUUGUCCACGUAGUUUCAUUUGAUGAAAAGAAGGCGGACCCCCUGGCAAUGUGGGUUUGUCUUCAGAGGCCGAAACCAAUGCCUCGCGGUAUCGGUGUUGCUCUGUGGAAUGCAUGCAUCCUUCUGGUCACGGCGGGUGGAGCUCAUCGCAGAGUGGUCAGAGUAGUAGUUCAUGCUUCGUCGCCACUGUCUUCGCUCCAGCUGCUGAGGAUCCCAGGGUUAUGCAUACCAGGGCGGGCUUCCUUCCAACCAAGGUGCUCUCGAGAAGGACUACGCUGUACAGCGUAAUUGGAGAUGAGAUAUCGCUCCGUAUGUCUGGCGGAGCACCACGCUGCCAAUGGAGCUGCGACUGAGUCGAGUCACUCGAGCUUGCUGUGAACGGUCCCACGGCUUUUUCGGGGCUCUUGAAUGCAACUACCGUAAUCCUCGUCAUAUAGCCAGCUAGGAGCUAAAGGUCGUGGGUCUUCCGUGUUCUAGAGCUAUUGCCGACUUGGAGACAUCGCCACACGCCACCGUAUUUGAAUCUGCGUCCGAUGGAGCUACGGGGUAUGGAACGAUUGCGUAGACGGACACGUUGCAUCCUUCUCGGUGUCACCAAGUGGAGCCCUCUUGACGAUCCCCUCAAAGAAAGUGGCAGGCCCCCUACCAGUAUCACCAUUUUCAAUUUGCGAUGGUGCCACGGCGCAACGAUUUUUCACUUCCGACCUUUGGGGCCCCACCCAAUCCUUCACGUCAUCUCGAAUGACCAUACGGUACGAUUAGCCAUGCAAUCCAAAUUUAUAAUUUAC